GGAGCAUCUCUUGGACAACUUGUUGCUGUUGGACUGCCACUGGAACUACAGAAUAAGCAUCAACAAACAAACAAACAGUCAGGUCUGUGAGGAUGAGAAGGUCUCCACAGUCUGGAGUCUGAUCUCUGACAGCCUCAACAUACCUGUCAAUCAACAGGGACUCCUCUACAAAGGCAAGGCGCUGGCAGAUGCAGCCAUGACGAUAGUGAUCGGCUUCGAAGGCAGUGCAAACAAGAUCGGUGUGGGGAUCGUGCGAGAUGGAGCGGUGCUGUCCAAUCCCAGGCGCACAUACAUCACUCCCCCUGGACAAGGCUUCCUGCCCAGUGAGACUGCGAAGCACCAUCGUGCCUGUGUCCUCUCCGUCCUGAAGGAGGCGCUGCUGCAAGCUGGGAUCCAGCCCGCAGACAUCGACUGCGUGGCGUUCACCAAGGGUCCUGGAAUGGGAGCUCCUCUUGUUGCCGUGGCGAUUGUUGCUCGGACGGUGGCCCAGCUCUGGAAGAAGCCACUGCUGGGUGUCAAUCACUGCAUCGGCCACAUUGAGAUGGGGCGCCUCAUCACUGGGGCUGCCAACCCCACUGUGCUCUACGUGAGCGGUGGAAACACACAGGUGAUCUCAUAUUCUGAGCGGCGAUACCGGAUAUUUGGAGAGGCGAUAGAUAUUGCUAUAGGAAACUGUCUGGACAGAUUUGCACGAGUCAUUAAGAUAUCCAAUGACCCCAGCCCCGGCUAUAACAUUGAGCAGAUGGCAAAAAAGGGCUCACAGUUUGUGGAGCUUCCUUACACAGUCAAGGGGAUGGAUGUGUCCUUCUCUGGGAUCCUGUCAUACACUGAGGAAAUGGCUCACAAGAUGUUGGGUGCCGGGGAGUGCACUCCUGAAGACCUCUGCUUCUCACUCCAGGAAACGCUCUUCUCCAUGCUGGUGGAGGUCACCGAGAGGGCGAUGGCGCACUGCGGCUCCCGGGAGGUGCUCAUCGUGGGGGGGGUCGGCUGCAACCUGCGGCUCCAGGAGAUGAUGGAGGUCAUGUGUCAGGAGAGAGGAGCCAAGCUCUUUGCUACAGACGAGAGGUUUUGUAUUGAUAACGGAGCCAUGAUUGCUCAAGCUGGAUGGGAGAUGUUCAGGUCAGGUCAUGUGACUUCACUGGAGGAUUCCUGGGUCACACAAAGAUUCAGAACAGAUGAAGUUGAAGUUACCUGGAGAGAUUAGAAAGGAGCUGUAUGUUUAUAAUUUUAAUAAAUCAUAAUAUCCCAAA